AUGGCCGAAGCAUAUGACUUAGGAUUAACAGGCCUUAACGAGCAGCAUCGAGCUUUCAUUGGUUUCCAACUGGACGCGAAAACUCGCAGAAAAAACCACGGGCGGUACCCUGAAAUGUUUUUCAGUCCUUACGCUUUACCACAACUCGAGACAAUGUUUCGUGCAAAGAAAGGAGCUAGGUCAUUGCUGAUCAUUUCUGCUGCAAAACCAGUAAACACUGAGCGGUACGAGAGAUUUCGAAAGGAGUUAGUAAACAGAACUGUACAUGAUGAACCGUUUAAAGAUUCAUAUGUUUUCGAUCAAGACGUG